UGAUACCCGGAUGUUGACCCGGAAGUAAAUAGACUUCACGUGUGUUAAAGAAUGUCGACCGAUAGAGCAGUUAAAAAACACAAACUUGUAUCUCAGGCGGAGGAGAAGGUCAACUGGAAGAAAAGGAAAACAGACUUAAAGCAGAACACUAAACAAUGGAAAAAGGCCAAAGUCCUCAAAAAAUUGGAAAAGCAGAAACGGCAAGAAGCAGCAGCAGAGAAAACAAAACCUGAGGAGAACCAGAAAAAACAAGGUCGGGCUUACACAGUGAGCAUAGCGCUGCCAGGCUCUGUCCUGGACAACGCUCAGUCUCCUGAACUGCGUACAUACCUGGCGGGACAAAUUGCGCGAGCCUGCGUCGUCUUCUGCGUUGAUGAGAUCAUUGUGUUUGACGAACAAGGGGAAGAUGUCAAGAGCGUUGAAGGAGAGUUUAAAGGUGUUGGGAAGAAGGGCCAUGCUUGCAUUCAGCUUGCACGAAUACUUCAGUACAUGGAAUGUCCGCAAUAUCUCCGCAAAUGGUUUUUCCCAGUGCAUAAAGAUUUACAGUAUGCAGGUUUGCUCAACCCUCUGGACAGUCCUCACCACAUGAGGAUAGAUGAAGAUUCUGAAUACCGGGAAGGAAUAGUCCUCAACAAGCCACCCAAACAAGGAAAAGGCUCAUUAGUCAACUGUGGAAUGAGGAAGGAUGUCCGGAUUGAUAAGCAACUGCAGUCAGGUCUGCGAGUCACAGUGCAGCUCAACAAGACACAGAAUCAGGAAUGCAGGUUAUAUAAAGGCGUCGUCGUGGCUCCUCACGUGCCGAGAACUGAAGGAGGUCUUUACUGGGGAUACACUGUCCGCCUGGCAUCUUGUCUCAGCUCAGUUUUCACAGAAAGUCCAUAUAAAGAAGGAUAUGAUCUGACAAUUGGUACGUCUGAGAGAGGCAGCAGCCUGGACCAAGCUAAACUGUCACCAUUCAAGCAUCUCUUGGUGGUUUUUGGAGGUCUUCAAGGUUUGGAAGCCAGUUUAGAUGCUGACCAAAACCUGGAUGUCACUGACCCCAGUGUUUUAUUUGACCUUUAUCUCAACACAUGCCCCGGUCAGGGGAGCAGGACCAUUCGAACUGAGGAGGCCAUCCUAAUUUCUAUGGCAGGGCUCAGAUCGAGGAUCACAGCUGCUUUUUCAGAUGUUUCCUGUGUUUCAUUAAAUAAUUAGACAUGUGUGAAAGUAAACAAAUACUGGCAAAUAAAUCAUGUGACUGGUGUUUAUCAUCAUAAAGCUGUUUAUUAUUCAUAAAUUUAGAUUUUUGUAUCACUUCCUGUAAAAAUGUAUAAGUGCUGGUGUUGCAAUUUUUUUUACAUACUUGGUCUUAAUUCUGACUUUGUUCCUAAACAAUGCAACAUGUAAAUUUUUAAAUACAGAUCCACAUGCUUAA